AUGCGUGAGGAAGAGAGGUUAAAGAGGAAAGAUCAAGAGAUAGUCUUAUUGAACGGCCGAAGCCCACGAAGACAGACUCAGAGACAGCGGGAGAUCCUAGCAGGCUAUGAAGCAAUUAUCCGCCAGAAUAACGCGAACACUCAGCUGGGCCCACUCACUGCUGAGGCUGCUGAGGCUGCUCGUGAUGCCCCUUGUGAGGCUGAUCAUGCCCCUUCUGGUUCAGUUGAGAUUGAUGCUACUGAUACCGCUGAUAUCGCUGAUGGUGAUGUUAUUCUUGGUGUUGAGGAGGUUCCUGCUAUGGAUAUCAUUGCAGUUUUGUCGUACAUAAUAGACCACUAUGCCAUACGGCAAAAUAAUUGGUCAUUUACUGCUCAAGUUUUUAGUGCUCUUUCUACCUUUAGUGCUCUUUCUAUUGCUUAUCAUAAUCACCACGAUCUUGGCUUUAGUAUUAUGGAAGUGGUUACAAGGCUAGUGCUCAUGACUCUCAAGGUUCUCGAUAUUGGCUCUGUUCUUGCUAUUCUUGCCGUUUCUCUUCCGUUUCUUAGAGUUACUGCCACUUCUCAUUAUCAUCUUAGUCCCAGUCUUUGGUAUUUCUUCGAUGAUCAUGGAGGGAAUUGGUGUUUUGCCUCCGGCGGCUCUCCGAGGGCCCUUCCGGCAGACCCUUCGGGUACCCUCUGGGGCUCUCCCGGGGGGUCUCCGACGGUAUUUCCUCUGGACGCCCUCCGGACGCCCUGCCGGGAGCCUCCUGCGGAGGGCUCCUCGCUGCGCUCGAAUAUAUACACCAAGUCGAAUCAACUUGCUUGUUUUGCCGUGCCCUCGCCCUAUGGUGAGGGCUCCGGGAUAAUAAUCCAAGAGAUUCGGUACUUAGAUACAUAUAACCUUCCUCGUUAA